AUGGCUACUGUCAAUGAUUUCCUCCCUCUCAUCCGACGCACCGCGCUCAAUCCCGUGCUGACUGGUGCACUUCUAGGACUUCGGUCGUUGUCUCCAGAACAACUGAACAACCUUAUUGCCAAGGUCCCGAAAUUCCUGGUGCCAUUGAUUGAAAAGAUCACCUCUGCCAAUUCCAAGCUCGGUGUAGUGUUAAAAGUGCUUUUUGCAUGGGGUGCUCUUCGUAUUGUCAAUGGCUGGCUCAACAGUCGAGUUCUUAACAAUGGCGUUUCUGAUAACACAUACGAUUGGUCACGAGAAAUCGUGGUUCUUACCGGAGGAUCUAACGGUAUUGGUCUUGCCAUGGCCAACGAGUUUGCUGCCACCAAGAACCCCAAAGUGAUUAUUUUGGACCGUGAGCCCGCUAAAGUGCUGCCUCCUAAUACCUAUUUCUACCAAGCCGAUAUCACCGAUGCUGACGCUGUAUACGCAGUAGCUGAUAAGAUCCGUGCUGACCAUGGAUCUCCCACUGUGCUUAUUAACAAUGCCGGUAUUGGAGCCGGCCAGCCUAUUUUGAGCAUAACCGAAGCCAAUGUCCGCAAGACAUACGAUGUCAAUGUUCUUGCUCAUUACUGGACUACCAAAGCGUUUGUUCCCGACAUGGUCAAGAACAACCACGGUCACAUCGUGACCAUUGCCAGUAUUGCAAGUUUCAUUUCGCCCCAACUUAUGAGUCCCUAUAGCGGAUCCAAAGCAGCAGCUCUAGCCCACCACGAGGCACUUGCGACCGAACUCCGCACAAUCUACAACGCACCCAAAGUGCGAACCACCAGUGUCCACCCCAGCUGGGUGCGAACCCGACUCAUUGACGGGCUCCAAAACAUGAACAAUUUCGUGUGCCGCGAGCUCACCCCCAGCGAUAUCGCCACCGCCGUCGUCAACCAAGUAUACUCGACCCGCGGCGCCCAACUCAUUCUCCCCGACGCCGUGUUCCCCAUCUCGCUCCUGCGAUCCUACCCCAACUGGCUCCAAGAACGCAUCCGGUGCGGUGGCAGAGGGGUCAAGUAUGAAGUUCCUGUCCAACGGGUUUAA